AUGGCUCAAUCCGGUUCGCCGCCGCCGUUCCCCACCACCGAGGUAUCGUCUGAGAUGAGGAAGAAGCAGAAGCAGGAGGACGAGCAGGAGCCAUUGGGGAGCCUCCCCGAGGGGCCGCUCGUCGAGAUCCUGUCUCGGGUGCCCUACAGCUCGCUCUGCCGCUUCAAAUGCGUGUCCAAGCCGUGGCUUGCCCUCUGCUCCGACCCCCAAGUCCGCAAGAGAUGUCCUCAGACCCUGUCCGGCUUCUUCCAACGCUACUCAUGCGACAAGGAUGGUGUACAGUUCAGCAAUUUGUCUGGGAGAGGCCCGCCUAUGGUCGACCCCUCUCUACCUUUCUUGCGCAAGAACUAUGAAGUUGUCAACCUCGAACAUUGCUGUGGUGGCCUUGUCCUAUGUAGAUGCGGGAAGUCAGGCCAUACCGGUAAUAAUGGGUAUAUUUUUGUUGUGUGCAAUCCUGCGACUGGGAAGUGGACUCAGUUACCUCCUUGUCCUACAGAAUUUGACCUGCGCUUCCUCUUUGACCUGUUCGUCGAAACUGAACAGUAUUUGGGGUUCGACCCUGCCGUUCCCUCCCGUUUCGUGGUAUUCUUGAACCUUUGGAACAAAGUGGCGAUCUACUCUUCAGACACUGGACGGUGGACUGUUGUGCAGAGCGGCUGGAUUUACGGACCUCGUACCAUGGGUUAUUUGGAAUGUGUCUUCUUGAAUGGCACUAUGCAUUUGCUGACUUCUCAACCUUCAAUACUCACAGUGGACACAAAGGGGGAGGUUUGGGGGGAAAUUGAUAUUCCAGGCAAUGUGCCACAGAGCUGUGUGGAUCAUUCCAUUGGGCAGUCUCAGGGAUGCCUGUAUGCUUGGUAUGUGGAUAAUCCUAAUACUUGCCAACUCUCUGUUUGGGCACUUCAGGAAUAUGGUAGUGAAAAUUGGACCUUGAAGCAUACUGUUAACAUUUUGGAGCUAUUUGGAACGCAUCAUCGCAAAGCUGAUGAGUCCUAUAAGAUGUUUGCAAUUCAUCCAGAUCGUAAUUUGAUUUUCCUUACUGACGGGAAGAAGAAGACUAUCUCAUAUGAUAUGGAUAACCAGGAAGUGCAUGUUAUCGGCAUUUGUAAAAAAUUAUGGGGUGUUCAACCUUAUAUUCCCUGUUUUGCGGAAUGGCCAUCAGUUGCUCACUGAAAGUCUGUGCAGGUUCACAUACCUAUCAUGGAUAUAUUGCCUUCAUAAAAUUCAGUUGUUGGAUAUGGUCAGUGGCUUAGAUAAGUCAUGCAUGUGCUUCAAUUUUCUUUUCUUAUCUGUAGCAUGCCUUUUGUGGCUUUGAGCGAUGUAUUUUUUCACAUCUGGCUUUUAACAGUGUUGGUUAGCCAUGGAGAAUAUGUAGCACCAAGUAACCUUCCAGUGGGUAAUGCCUAGUUGUAUAAAUGAACCUAGAUAUUUAAUCUAUCUGCUGCAUCUAGUACUAAUCGUUGUGGUCACUUGUUAGCUC